AUGGGGCUUGACAAUGAGUAUUUAGAGCCUGGCUAUUCGAAGCCUAACGACUCGGACUCAGACAUAAUCACUACUCUAGACUCCAGCGAGUCGCUCGUUUCACCCAUCGUUGACACUUUUCCUCUGGCAACCCGAGACAGUGAAAAACCCUCUAUCAGGCACUUCCCGAUGCAAAAUCCUGCCGGUGGGACAUAUGGCCGUAGAAUCACAUUUACCCUGAUUAACGUUGAAUUUACAAGUUGGCGUGUGACAACGUUGCUGUCGAAAUCCGCUUUCCUUCCUCCCUUUUUAUCCAUCCCUGAAAUGCCUCCCAAAAAUCCCAGAGGCGCGAAAGCUGGUGCGAUCCUGAGUGGUAUCUCACGUGCUGGCCCAGGGGAGGCAGAUAUCGGGAGCAUGGUGCCACAGGAUGCGUCCAACCUCUCCAGAAACCACGGGGAGUUACUUCAAUGCCUAUCCGCCACCUCAUCCAACAUGCUGGGAAUAUACUGCCACAUGUGCUGCGACGCGAUCCAACCUGGAUUCCAACAUCAGUGCAUCAACUGCCACGCUCUCAUUUGCGAACAUGUGCAGCAGGAAGGAAUUCCUGUGCCCUAUUUGUGCAAGGACUGGAAACAAGAAGGAUUCUCCUUUGCCGUACGUGUAUUCUGGCUUUGGGAGGCAAAAAAAGUGAAGAUGGAAUGGCCGAUGUGCCUCGUGAACCUUAAUGUGGAGUCGUUGGAGGAAGGCUACCUGGUAACGACCACCAAGGUUGAAUUAAUCAAUCAUUACAAGUCACAAACAUCAAAUGUCCAUGGAGCUGACAUUCUUUUUCUGUUCAUUCACACCUUGCCCAUAACCCAGGCUGUACACACGUCCGAGCCCAAGAACCUUGCAGAUGGGAUUGAGCUCAUUCACAAGGCCAUAAAGGCUGGAUGUCCCCCGAAUUCUUUUGUCAUGAUCGACAAUGACUUGAAUGAAAUUGCCGAAGGAAGCACUUUAAUCUCAGAUGUGGUUGCAAAAUCCCUCGGCGAAGAGUUCAUGGAGUGCAUGGGAGCAGCCUCUUCUGCUGCAAGUGGCGACACCAUUGUCAACAUUACAGCAACCGGGAAGAAGCCCUGGUGUGAUCUCACUGCCAAGGCCAGGGGAGGACGGAGAGCUCUGCUCCUUGUCGGCAGUCAUCCUUCCAUCAGGUUACGUCAUAACUUUGAAUCGCUUGUGUCGCUGGUGGAGAAUGACAAGUUUGAUUUUGUGCUUGGAUUUGGAGGUUCUGGCACCUCCGCAUCUCAAAUAUCUCAUACGUGUCCCCGCCAAAUCGAAUGCCGUCAGAUUGGGAAGGAUGCCCCUGCAUUGCGUGCCUUCGGCUACGAGUUCAAGACUUAUCAUUGUGCAUGUCAACCGCAAGUAGAUCUGCCAACCUUCACAGCUUUUAUGACGCUGCAUUGUUGA